CGAUCAGCUGAUGAGGCCCAGGACUCAAGCACUGCACUGGCUUGUCAGUGGGUUGCAGGCGGGCUAAAGAGCGCUCUCUAUCUCUAGGCUAAGUGGGGGAAGAGAGAGGAAAAAAAAGCUUGUAGCAUCUGCAAAGCUCGACGAAGGCUUGACUCUGCAUUAGCAAUAAAUUACAUAUUGCAUUGAAAAAAAAAAUCCAGAGGCUCAAAAUUAAAACAAAAUCAAUAACAUGGACAAUUCUGGCAAAGAGAAAGAAGCCAUGCAACUGAUGGCUGAUGCAGAGAAGAAGGUGAAAUCAUCGCAUUCCUUUCUUGGAGGUUUGUUUGGAGGAAAUGCAAGAGUAGAAGAGGCGUGUGAAAUGUUUGCCAGAGCUGCAAACAUGUUCAAGAUGGCUAAAAACUGGAGUGCUGCAGGGAAUGCAUUUUGCCAAGCAGCCAAGCUGCAUCUACAGUUACAAAGCAAACACGAUGCUGCCACCAGUUUUGUGGACGCUGGAAAUGCGUAUAAGAAGGCAGAUCCACAAGAGGCCAUCAACUGCUUAAAUGCUGCUAUUGAUAUAUACACAGAUAUGGGGAGGUUUACAAUUGCAGCAAAACACCAUAUCACCAUUGCAGAGAUUUAUGAAUCAGAAUUGGUAGAUAUUGAAAAGGCUAUUGCUCACUAUGAACAAGCUGCAGACUACUAUAAAGGAGAAGAAUCGAACAGUUCCGCUAACAAGUGUCUGUUGAAAGUAGCUGCCUAUGCAGCUCAGCUAGAACAGUAUCAGAAGGCGAUAGAAAUCUACGAGCAGGUUGGGACCAAUACCAUGGAUAAUCCACUGCUGAAAUAUAGUGCAAAGGAAUAUUUCUUCAAAGCAGCGUUGUGCCAUUUUAUUGUUGAUGAGCUCAAUGCUAAGCUUGCUCUGGAGAAGUACGAAGAAAUGUUUCCAGCAUUUUCCGAUUCGCGAGAAUGCAAACUUUUAAAGAAAUUGCUCGAAGCUCACGAAGAACAAAAUGGCGAAGCUUACACUGAAGCAGUGAAGGAAUUUGAUUCUAUAUCACGACUGGAUCAAUGGUUGACAACAAUGUUACUACGCAUCAAAAAGUCCAUUCAUGGAGAAGGGGACCUCAAGUGAAAUAGCUUUGCAUACACUUGAGACAUUUUGCCAAUUGUGAUAUGCUAUUGUGCAUGCUGGGUUGUGGAUAUAUCUUUUCAAUGUUAAUAAUUCAGUUUUGUUUCUUUUGUUUAAUAUGCCUGAUUAAUGUAUCAUUUAAAUAUAUUGUUUUCUCCAUUCUGCUCAUAAAUGCUCAAUUUGGGAACAAAUCCCAGCCGUGAGCAUCACAUCAUUAUAAAGGGCAUGGUUAAGACACACCAACAUUUUUGCGUGACAACCAUUCUGAAUGCUAGUGAAAUUUCCUCUUUUGUGCUUGUGAAAGUUUAUUGGGUGGUAGCUAAAUGCUGCAGGAAAGGAAUUUGAAGAAACUCAGGUGGAGUACAAUUUCUGAAAAUUUUAUACUCCGCAGACUCCUAAAGUUCAUGGCACUAGUUCACCAAAUGGCACAUAACUAACAUUAAAAAAGACAUGUUGAUUUCAUAGGAUACAAAAUGUUCCAUUUGGAGAACUUAAUCUGCACUUUUCCUUCUAUAUUUAGCAGCUGAUAAGUCAUUCUAGUUGCUUUGAUUUUUUUAUUUUACUGAAUGCCGGGAUUAAUAGAUGACUAUAACGAUACAAAGGGAAAGAUGAAUAUAACCUUUUCAUUUUGUAUUUUUGAAAAUGGUUUUCAUCGGUCAUACGAAUUAGUUACGAAUUUAAUGGUGUGUAAACUUUCAGAAUGGUUUAGGAAAGUAUUAAAACAGUUUAUUGCUAAGUGGUAGAUACUUCAUCUUAUGAUUGAAGUAGGUUUUUUAAAACUGGCUUUCUUUUAACCAUUUAUUCUAGUUACAUAUUUUAUUUUAAGUUUUUAUAAUGUUCCUGGACACAAUGGAAAAGGCUUGCAUCACACUGGUGGCUGCUCCCAUAUUACAUAACCAGUUGUUUCUGUUUCCUAUGUGCAGCUGAAAAUGUGGAAACUUUUUUUCCAAUUUGCAAAAUGUCUAAAUGGGUUGUAACUACACAAAUAUUCUAUGUAAUGUUUUAUAUAAAAGAAAGCUUUUUGUAAAUCUAGAACUGAAUAUUUUGUGAAAGGCUUCCACAAUUUCCACCCCCCCCCCCCCCCCCCCCCCCCACAUUUGAGUGCGUGCUUGCAUGCAUGUGUUUAUGUAUUUGUAACAACCUAAAGUAUAUCCUUGUCUAAUAGUGUGCUGCUUUUUGCUGUAUACGGUGCCGUUUUAGCCCGGGCACAUGUUCCGUUGUGAACAGUUUUUGUUGGAAACAAUUUUGCAAAACAUCUUUUGUAAGGUAAAACAUCCUAAAACAAAGGCUCGAAGUGAUCUCUGUGAAACAUCUAGCUAUGCUAUGGAAAAACACCGAUUAUGAUGCUAGAUCUUAUUAUUCCACUGCAAAAAUCCAUGUAAAAGUUGAUUCCACAGAUCAAAUAUUAUCCUUGACAUAUGGAUUUCAUUGAGUAGUAUUAUUCUUUAAUACUUUAAAGACUGUGUAAAUAAAUGACCAGUCUACCAGUGAUUAAGUAGUGAUAAUAAUCUAAUUGAAAGGUAACAAUAGGACCUCCGGGCAUGGAGGGAUAAGGAAAUUCAAAUCCAUUCAGUGUCCAACUCCUUAAGCUACACUUGACAAAUAAAUAUUCUGUUCUUGUAGGCAAUCUUCAGAAGCUGAGCACUUUAUAUGUAAGCAUGUGGAUGUUUUGUAAAAUAUCCUAAAGAAGCUGGUCAAUGAGCUGUUUCCUAAGGUUGUGAUACACACAUCUUCAACAAAGACAUGACUGGUGUUUGUUUGCCAUGUUUGUGACAGUGUCAUGAAACAUAACCUUGAAUAAAAACCUAUAAUCCAUUGAGCUGUUUUAGGUCUUCAAAUUUGGCUCUUCAGUGAAAACACAGAAUUGACUUGAUGUAUUUUGCAUGUGUUUCGUGUUUCAAAAUAUUUAGUUGUGUAAAAUGCAAAUAUUGUGUACUGAAGAAUGAACUCAGUCCCGAUAUUGGUGUGUUUUCAGUUACAACAAUUUCUGUUUAUUCAGUCUGCAAAAUGAAAACUGCAGGUCAGUCCAGCAGCAAGAGCUUUAUUGCUAAUGAGGACUUAUUGUCCUUUUUUUCCUCAUUUCUGCAUAUCCACAUCUGUUCAGUUGUCUCAUUUAGUUAUCUGUUUUAUGUUAUUUUGUCGACAGAACUAAAUCUUCAACUAUUUAGUCUAAAGAAUGUAUAUUGAAUUAAAGUUAUUUAUUUUUGACUAAAAGAACAGAAACUAAAAUCUGAUGUUUAUUUGAUUUAUAUAAUUUGUAUGGGCAGGUCAUUUUGGAUUGUGCAACAGCAAAAGAGUUAAAAUGGUGCUGUAAAAAAUAAUUUCUCGUAUCAGACAGAAUUCAGGGAUCACCAUUUCAAAUUGUUGCAAAGACUCAAUUUAGCAAGUGUGAUAAAUUUCAUUGAAAGGAAUUCCUAAUUUAGAACAAAUGUAGAUAAAAAUGCUCCAUGGCAGGCAUUUCACCAUUCUCUUCAUGAUAGGUUUGUUUUUUUUAAAAAAAGGACUUCCAUUGCAACUUUAACACAAACAUUAAAAUUAAGGUUUAUAUACACAAAAGAUUGAGAAAAAUACUUUGGAAAUCUAAUGGGCAAAUCCAAUUUAUUGCUGCAGAUGUCAACAGUAUCAUCCAGUGAAUUGCCACAAUAAAGUUAGUGAUCACAGUGAAAUAAUUUUAAAUAACUUGUAUUCCUGGAGAAUAUCUUUCAAUACUAUUGAAAAAUAGCCACAUAUUGCUUGGUUGGAAGUGUUAGCAAAUGAUUUUUGAAGCAUCAAAACUUCAGCAACUUUUUUUUUAGAAAAAGUAUUAGUUAUUUAAAAAUGGUCAGACUUUUUGAUUUUAGUUAGCCAGAGACACACUGACCCACAGUUGUCAAGAGUAUUAUUUCCUCUACGUGACAGUGAGAAAUUCCUGUCAUCCAUUAAACAAACUGUAGAUGUAGAGUGGUACAAGAAAGAAAUGUUCCAGCAGAAGCCAAGCACUUAAUAUUACCUGAUGCUUCUUCCAAACACUAGCUCAGGAAUUCCUAAAGCAUCUCAGUAAAAGUAGAACUGAUCAGUCAAAAUAUGCAAUGUUAAUAUUCUUGGUAUUCAUGCCUGUAAAACUGUAAAUGUAUUCACAAUGGCUGACUUUCAUUUUAACUAGCAAUUCCAUAGCUCUUGCUGUGAAAAGGUCAAAAAUGUUGACAGCUAUGGGGCAUGAUAAAAUUAUGUAUGAUCUAGAGAUUUUGGAAUGAUGAGGAUGAAAUUUCUUCUGUUAAUUCCAGUGAAAAAGGAAUUAUGUUCAGUGAACCCCCUUUAUUUUUAAGGAUUGACUGUGUUAUAUUGGUGAAAGAAGCUAUCUGAAGUCAUUUAAUGUCUUCCCACCACCCACCCUCUUCCCCAGUUUCAAUUUAGAAUGAAAUCUCUUGUAUCUGCACUGUUUGUUUUUAAGUGAGAUGUCCAGCAUGCAUUUUGGCAGGAAUUCCACUGACUUUCCUUAGUAUUUUACCUAGACUAUUUGUAAUCAUCCAAAGCUGUUGCCACUAUGUUGAGUGGGUUGUAUGCUUGUUCCUGUGUUGUGUUUUAGAUGUCAUGAAGUAUUGUCCCACUGUAAGAAUUUGAGCAUGUUUUUGUCUUCACAGGUAUUGUUAAUAAAUCUGUGACUGUGUGUGCAUUAGAAACAGUUUAAUAUUGAAUGCAUUAGGACAAUCUAGUCUUUGUGGUGUUUUGUCAGAUUUGCAGAAUUAUGAAGACCAAUGCUUCUGAAAGUUGGUCUAUUACUGAAACACAAGAAAACAAAAUUUAAAAUAAAAUAUCCUAUCAUCAAAA